GUGAUAUUCUUACGGUACUAUGAAAUGAAAAUUGGAAGUAAGAUGUUGCACAAACAGGCAAUGGGAAUUUCUCAGUGACAUUUUAAAAGCCGUUACAGGAAAUUUUAACGAAUGUGACGAAUGUAUUACUGCAUCUUAAAUGGUACUUCUACAUUUCAGGAAUGAGACUGGUUCAACGAGAUGUGAUGACAGACACGCUGGUCCAGAGAUGCGCAUUCAUGUAAUUUCCAUUAGCAGUUAUAUUGGAUGAAAGUGUUUCGUGUGUUUUAUGUAAAGAGAUUCUCCUAAAUAAUUGGAUUCCUAGGACUCAAGCUUCCGUAAAACUGUAAUAAUUUUGCGAUAAUGGUAUCAAGCAAACAUAAGAAGACCCUUAGAUACUGAUGUUAAUUAAGGCACGCGUCCUGGCUGCCAGAGAUAUUGAAAAUCCUUUUAAGAUAUUGGCAACAUUUGCGUUUAUAGUUACUUUACAAUAUAACCAAUAACAACACUUUUUACUUUUCUGAAAAAUAAAACUCGCAAUGACAGAUGUUAUUGAAUUAUGCGACUCACUAUACUAACAGUAUUAUAGCUACGAACUAUAAAUCAUUGUGUGUGGUGGUUUUUACAUAUCACUUGAACAAACGGCAGUAAUUGAUUCUUUCGGAUCUUAUUCUUGGGACAACGUGAAAGAACAACAGUAGACAAUUAUGAGCGAACACGAGCAACGAAAUCGGGUCGUACUCCUCGGUGCUGGUGGAGUCGGUAAAAGUUCAAUUCUUAAGAGAUUUUUGUUCAAUACGUUUAGUGGAACGUACCAAGAAACUGUGGAGGAUUUAUACUGUAGAGAAUACUUGAUACAAGGUGCCGAUAUUAGAGUGGAUUUCUUGGAUACGGCGGGAAAAUUAGUAUUUCCGGCAAUGCGCAGGCUUUCUAUUACAACUGCACAUGCUUUUAUUCUUGUAUAUUCUGUAACUGAUCAAGAAACAUUUGAAGAAGUGAAAAGAUUUUGGGAGCAAAUAAAAGAAGUUCGUAGCAACUACGAAGACAUUCCUUGCGUUAUAGUAGGAAACAAAAUAGAUUUAGAAGACAACAGACAAGUUGAAAAAUUUGAUGCACUUAACUGGGUUUACAACGAUGGAAACUGUGGUGCUUUUAUAGAAGUAUCAGCGAAGAACAAUGAGUGUAUUUUGGACGUGUUCAAAUUGUUAAUGGAAAAGGCUAAAAAUCCUAGGUUACCUAUAAAUGAACCGUUUAUGCCAAGACGCUUAAGUGAACAUUCCUUAGAGGUACAAUCAGGCCACGUAGCUGACAAAACAAAUGGAUCAGAGUCAAGUGCAGAUGCUACAAGUAAAAUAGGCAGAAGUAGAAGUCUUAUUCGAAGGGGUAGUAAGCCAAAGGUCCGGAAAUCCCAUGCUCGCUCACAUAACAAGCAAGACUGUGUUAUUUCAUAAUUACACAUCGCACUACGAACAGAAUGCAAUGAGUACGAUUCAGUUGUGUACAUUUGUGUCUAACUUUUCCUCAAAUUUAACAAAUGGUAUGAUGACAUGCAAAAAGGUAACCAGAGUCAGUUAUCUGUCUUUAUUUUGUUGUUGUACUAUCUGCAGUUCUUACACUUUAUUUGAUACUGUGACGUACUAUAUUACUAUCAUGUAGAUAUUGCUUUUAUAAAAGUUUACUCUAUGUCUUGAACUGACUGACAAUGAAUUUGCUAAAUGCUAAAAUCCGUGCAAAGAAAUUGUUUAGUAUUCAUCAUAUGUCUGUAUUUUCUAUCGACAGCUCAAACGUUUUGAUAAAAAAUAGUCGAUACGAAUUAAAAUGUAUUUUUCUUGAAAGUGAGAUAAUUAUAGGGCUGUAUUUUACUACGGUAAUUGCCUAGGCUGUUUGAGAGAACACGAAUCUUUUAUGAACACACAGCCCCAUAUAAAACAAGAAGGUCUAUUCCCAGUAAGGCGGGGAAACGGUGUAUAGUUGUUAUCCUAUAUAAAUUAUCUAAUAUUCAUCGCGAACUAUAAAAAUCAGAGAGAAUUACUAGUAAAAACAAAUCUGAUAUACACUGCAGCAUUCCAUUAUUGUCAUUUGUACUAUAUGACCCUUGAACUUUUUUAAUGCAAAUAUAAUGAGCAAAUUAUACAAAGAAAAAUGAUUGGAUAAUUAAAUUCAUGAGACCCUUUGGAAGCACAGAAAAGUAAACUGACACCUCCACUACCUUUGCGCAAUACACAAUAUCAUUCAUGCCCUUCGGCAUUAAGAAUGUCAAUUUACGGUAUAUUACACAAACAUACAGAGCACUUAUGAUGAUAAAGCGCAGUAUGUUAUUGAAUAUUUCACAACGGUGUUAUUGUCCGUAAGUAUUGACCUGGCAUUCAUUAAUCUUCGCCAAUGUUUUCGGUCGUUUUCGUUAAUUUACGCAAUAUUAGUAUCCUGAAAGUAUCUACAUUACUAACGUAACAUGUAAAGUCAGUCGAUGACACGGUGGCGUAGAGGUAAGGUGUCUGACUUCCACGCACAUUACCACUGGUUCGAAAUCACUUAUUGAAUAGAUCGUUUUUUUCAGUUUAAUGUAUUGUAAUGUUAUCGUUUACAUUAUUUUAUGUAUCAUAAUUCACGAAUUUUAAUUGUUUUUUUUUUUGUUAUGUUUAUUUUCUGGAACGCUGGCUACAGGUAAUUUGUCUUUUUAUCUAACAUACUUUUAAAACAAUUUUAUGCCACUUUUUUACAACAGCUAAGUAUGAUUACUCUUAAUAAAUGAACCAUAAGUACGAUACGUUUGAUCAAAUGAAUAGUAAGUCUGCAUAUAAAAUUUGGGGGAAAAAGAUAUGGUCAGACGUAGGACUCGAACCCACACUCCUGAUAUUGGCAGGUAAACGCUUUGUCCGCACAGCUACCUGCACAUGUGACAGUAUAUCAAUUAAGAAUUAGAUAUGUAAUAUUUAGUUAUAUUCUCUAUUUAUGAUCAGGCAUCGAAAACUAAUUUACGGAAAUGUACGUAAUAUUUAUGAGUGCCAGGUCAAUACUUACGGACAAUACUUAACCAUAUACCGAUAAACAAGACUUGUUGCUGUAAGUAAACAACUGUUUCCAUUUUGCUUUUCCAAUCAUGUCUUUCCUUUAUUCAAUAACUUACUUACUUAUAUUUUCAAAACUGCGUUAGACGUAUUUAUUUUAAUCCGGGACGAAACAGAAAUGUCAUGGAGUUAUGAUUUAAACUUUUUAAAGAGGCAGAAUUUGCCAAUAGUCUUAAAUUUAUAAAUUGACUUUAAAAUGCCGAUGAAAUAUCCGAAAGUAUUUCGACUUUUUUUAAUUUAAGAGAGAUAGUUGGCAUAUCUUGAAAUCCUAUAUAUCAAAACGUAGAUUAAUCUGGAUCAACCCUAGGCAUUUUCUAAAAUCCGUGGUGAGAAAUAACUAAAUAGCACACAGUUAAAAUGAAUGUAUCAGAAGAUUCUUUCAUAGCUUGAACACAACCAAACAAAUUAACUGAAGGAACAGUAUGUGUUAAUCAACAACGGCACAAAAUACCGUCAAGUUUUAUCGAUACACUCCUCCGCGUAUAAAGUAAGUUUUUGUCCAAUAUAUGCCCCAUAAGCGGAGAACUUUGCGCUAUAACUUUGAUGACCAUUUUAAUCAAUUUAGUUUAUACUCAUUUCUUUUGCUCGAUGAUGAUGAAAGCUUCAGUAUAAAUUGAAUCAUUCUCUCAAAGCCGAGAUUGCAUUAACUGUUAGUCAGUGGCAUCUUAAAAACGCACGUUCAUUGUACAGAUAAAACAUAACCGGUCGUUUAUAACUAAAUGCGCAUGUUACUUUGAUAAAAAAAAGUUUAUGUGAGGAAAGAGCCUUUAUUAUGCACAAUGAUUACCCAUAUCGAUCUGCAAAUUCACUUGAAUCAUGACAAAAUAAUUUGUAAUUUGUAAAGGUAUAAUUUGUGUAGACUGGAUAGAUACCUUAAAAGUUCCAUGAGAUUUUAUGUUUAAUUCAGGUGCAAUAAUUAUCAAAAUAGAUGUCGUGCAUGAUUAGAAAAGCGCUACUUUUAAUACUGCACAGUAACAGCCGGGGCCUCCAUGGCCGAGUGGUUAAGGUCGCUGACUUCAAAUCACUUGCCCCUCAUCGAUGUGGGUUCGAGCCUCACUCGGGGCGUUGAAUUCUUCAUGUGAGGAAGCCAUCCAGCUGGCUUACGGAAGGUCGGUGGUUCUACCCGGGUGCCCGCUCGUGAUGAAAUAAUGCACGGAGGGGCACCUGGGGUCUUCCUCCACCAUUAAAGCUGGAAUGUCGCCGUAUGACCUAUCAUGUGUCGGUGCGACGUUAAAUCCAAAAAAAAAAACAGUAACAAUAAAAAACAAUAGGCUCAAUAUAAUUUCCUUCUAUGUUCAUCAAUAUUCAAACCUUUGACAAAUAUUAGAGAAAAUAAUUAUCAUAAAUAGGAUUUAACAAGAAAUGAAUAUAUUUUAUGCUCAUUACUGAAAGUUGCUUUAAAAUGUCCUUAACAAAAUAUGUUUGACGUUCUCACUAGAAUCUGUGUAAACAUCCUCAGUAUGAUAUCUGUAACGUCCUCCCUAGGAUAUUUGUAACGUCCUCACUAGGAUAUCUGUAACGUCCUCACAAGGAUAUCUGUAACGUCCUCACUAGGAUAUCUGUAACGUCCUCAAUAGGAUAUCUGUAACAACUUUAAUAGAAAAUUUAUCUGUAAACAUAGUGAAUCAGUAUACAUUUGAUAUAUAAAAUGUACCUAUAAGGAUACAAUAAUCUUAUUCGUGUACGGAGGUCGUGUUUUGUUUCAGGCGGCAUAAAAUUGUGAUGAAUAGGACAGAUGUCCAAUACAAUAUUUCUAUUAUACAAAAGAGCUAGAUUAACCAGCUGUCGUAAUGUUUUUGAAUAUUAAACGUAUAAAACACUCCCGUGCUAGGAACCUAGCUCUGGUUUCUCCCAUACACUUGUGGUCACGGACGACUCAAGGCAGUGUAAGUUGUAGACUUUGUUUCAGCGCCGACCUUAAGUAAGUUUUUAAUAAAUUUAAACUUCCAAAGUAUUGUUGUAUUUAAAUAAGCAGGUGACUACUGAAUACAGUUAAAAGCACUGACAGUUGCAAAUUUCGCGGCAUUUUCACAUGAUGCCUACUGUUAGUGUUAUAUACGGUAAUGUUGUAAGGAACCGAUAUUCAAAUUUCGUGUUGUCAAAGGAUUUAUCUAUUUUGCAAGCUAAACAAUGAACUUUCAGCAGACAUACCAUCUUUAUUAUAUCAAUAAACUAAGUACAGGCUGUGUAAUGUACGUAUAUUUAAUAACAGAUCAGAGGUAAUAAUAAUCUGUAAUUAGAAUGAUCUGUAAUCGAUUACAGUUUCUUUUGUAAUUAGUGAUCGGUUUUUUGUAUGAUUACUGGUGCUGAUGAUAAACCAGGACAGAUGAUAAAGUCGAUCACCUUGGAAAUAUUUGAUUGCAAUCAGUUAUUUAUAAAAAGAGAGCCAAUGUCAGGCCUUCAUCUUUCGACAGUGAGCAUGCGCAAAAAACACCCUCUUCCUCAGUAAUUUUGGAUAAAUAUUUUUGAUACAAAUAAAUGUAAAUCAUUUAUUAAUACAGAAUAUUAACCAAUUUUGUUUUUGUGUACACCAGUUGGUGUUGUAAGUGGAAACUAUUACAUGGUGUGUUCAAUUUUAUAAUUACUUGAUCAGGAAUGACUGUUGCAGCAUUUGGGUGAAAGUUUCAAUAUAAUAAUAUGAAGAAAAUUUUGUAAAUGACAAAGUGGUCGAAUUUAUCAUCAGUCAACGAUCAUACAGGCCUCAUUUUACAAACCCCUUUCAGGGCCUCACUUCGUGUGAGUUUGCUUACUAAAUAUAAAUUUGAAUUAUGUAAAGAUUUCAGCAAAUGCUAAGCUUUAUUUCUAUACAAACCAUAGAUCACAAUUUGCAGAAAUAGAAAAGUUACAGGUAAAAAACCUCAUUUUCUGUUCGGGUUUAUCAUCAGUACCAGUAUAUGUAAUUGUAAUAUACUACAAUUUUUAUCAUGAUUUAUUUAUGAUCGCAUAUUUUACCUUUAUGAGGUUUGAUUUAUUGAAUAUAAGUAAAUGAACUGUUAUAUUUUUGUUUUAAAACUGUAAGUCAUUUAUUCAAAAAGAAAUACUUAAAAGAUACAUGCGAAUUAUGUAAUCCACAUACAAGCUAUAAACGUACAAAAUCAAUAGCAUAAUAAAUAAUGUAUACAUUUAUUAAGGUUUAGCUGGUGUAAGUCUUUUUGUUGUCUAAUGAGUAAGUCAACGAUUUCUGUUCUAUUUCUCCUGUCGUACAAGUUCUAGUGACUUCACAGAAUUUAGCAAAAUGUCUUAAUGGUUACGUCCCUAGUCAAUUUCAUCUCGCGAUAUUGCUCUUGUGAUUACAAUAAGAAUGAUAACAUUUCUCGAUUAUUAAAAUAGUUUUAUUAUUUCUGUGUGGCAGACAUGCUGCAGAGUAAGGUAACACAGUGAACAUCAAAUAAAGAUGGUUGUUUUUAAUUCUAUAUCAUGUAACACUUCUAACCUGUCCUCUGUACCCACGAUUAGCGAAAUUUAAGGCGUUGCUCAACAGUUAAGUUCAAUAAGGAUGAACUACUUGUCUUAUCUUCAUUGCUAAAGAUCUAUGCAAAAGUGCUAAAUCAAACGUCUUAAUCAUAGAGAAUGGAUAUAAAAAUGUACAGUGCAUAACUGAUGUUUUUACCAAAUGGUACUAUUUUUUUCUUCAUAAGUCCAAGGAAUAGACAGUAUCUGCAUUUUUGCUUUAGUAUAUUUGCUGCUUUUAACUUUAAGUUCUUUUAAAAUUGUGUUCUCCGUGGGAGAAUUUUAGUGUUUUAACUUAAAUUUUUCAGAUAACUUCCUAAUUUCAGAAAUGAGAAAAUAGUAUCCAUUCGAAAAUUAAACAGAGGUGAUCAAAAUGAAUUUGAUAAAGCCUAUGAUUUUCAUUAAAUUUGGGUAUUUUUCGUUUGAAAACAAGUAAUUCCAUUGCAGAAUCGGAAUAUUGUAUUACAUCAUUAAACACGAAUUGCCUUCUUGUCCAGUAUAAUCAUUUUCAUCUUUAUCAUAUGAUAUCUUUGAAAUGUUCAAAAAAUUUACAUGAAAAUCCUUUUAACUGCUAUCUUAUUCAGGCAAGGCAUUGUAACUACAAAGCAAAGAGAACAGUUUACUUGGUUAAUAAAUUAGCUUAAUAGAAAGUAUAUUGUAUUUCCGCGAACAAGACAUCACAUUUUGUAAACACUUGCCAUCUUACUAUCGUCUUUAAUCGAAGUAUUGUGUAUCUUGUAUCUUGUACCUCAAGCACUGACUUAAAUUACUUGCACCUCAUCGAUGUGGGUUGGAGCCUCACUCGGGGCGUUGAAUUCUUCGUGUGAGGAAGCCAUCUAGCUUGUUUACGAAAGGUCGGUGGUUCUACCAAGAUGCCCCGCUCGUGAUGAAAAAAAAAAUGCACGGAGGGACACCUGGGGUCUUCCUCAAACCAUUAAAGCUGGAAAGUCGCCAUAUGACCUAUUAUUGUGUCGGUGCGACGUUAAACUUAACAAGAUAAAUAAAUAAAUGUACCGCAAGCGAUUUUUUUCCUUUUUAAUUAGAAAAAGAUAAUAUAGUGAAAUUGUUAAUUGUAAUGAUUCCUAUAUGCAAGCCUUUGCUACUUUCUUCUGUACACAUCUUUAUAACAGAAACAUUUUCUCGGAGUGCUACCGCAUACCCGGUAUUUGAGAUCUAUUAUGAAAUUCAUUACAAAGGAUGUUUCUGAUUGAACGCACUUCAGUUCGUGAUAUCACUACUUUACUGGGAUUAAAUGAAGAUAACAAAUCUCUUUUCUCUAAAUUGCUAAAUGAAGUCUGAAUUGAUUACAAUAAGGUAUCUCACACCACUUCUGUGGUCCAUCAGGGCCUGUCUGAAAAUAGUGAACAAGCUUAUAGUACUAUGACUGUUUUUUUAUAUUAAUUUUAUUGAUGUGCUAUUUUGACAACUUACUGUCAGUGUCAAGUCCAAUGAGUAUAUACAAGUAUUGCAUCUUUAGCCGAGCAAUCAAUAUUUCCAAACAGUUUAAACACUCAGAAAGAAAUUACUUGCAGCUAUUACUACACUCAGUUAGAAUGAAAAUGGCAUAUAAAAUUCUUCUUUUGUCAUUGUAAUAUUUGUAAUGUAUAGUAAAAUUUGUUUUACGGUUUGUCUUUACAUACGUAACAGAAUUCAUGCCACGUUUUACUCAGUGUUGACUUUUUGUUUGUUUGUAAAGGUAAUUCUAUAAUUGUUUACUUAGGUCUUUGACUGCAUUUCAUAUUACUUCUCUCGUCUUUGGAUACAAUAAUAAUAAUAAUAUGUUUAAUUUUCAUUACACCAUUUGAUUCAGUUUAGUCGUGUUCAUAAAGAAAUUUUGAAAAGAUGAAUUCAGAAAAGCAUAAUGUAGCAAUGAUGAUCUAUAAGAUCUUUACUGCCUAUAUAUUAGAUUUUUGACAUACACAUUUUUUGCUGAAGUGAGUUUGAAAUUACCUAUUCAUGUAGUAGUAUUAUUGAUGUUACACAUUAACAAUUUUAACUCUGUUCUGUAUUAAAUGACUGACUUUAUUACAUUAAACUUUGUUUGCCUUUUGCUCAAUUGUUAACUAAAAUUAUUAAAGCCUGAUUACUCUUGAUAGUAUGUAUGUAUAUAUUUUGCAGUUAAUAUUGUAUAAUCGUUGCUUGAUGUUUUUGUAUCAUGUUAACAUUUUGCACAACAAAAGUACAACAUUAAUUUAAAUAGAUUGCUUCUCAUUA